AUGCUGGUCACUUCUGGGAUGAUUUGCAUAUGACUUAAUGUUCCAUGCAUCAUUAAGCGAAAAGUACAAACGGACAUAGUUGUCUAAUUUCUUUUGUGUUAGGGACCCUUCUCCAGUUUUUGGUCAAAUGCAUCGUUCUCUUUUUCGUUGUACUCGGUGCUUUCUAUUUUUUUUUUUUUUUAGCAACGAGGAGUGAAACGCCCGUUUUGUGGUUGAUGUUUGUCCCUAUAUUGAAUUCUGCGUACAUCCGACACCAGGCUGUCUCGGCAACAGAGUGUUUUUCACAAAACAAAAGACAAUAAUGCUACAACAAAAAGCUAUGUAUGUUAAAGCUGUUUUUAAAUAGAAAAAAAUCUUACCUUAAAGAUAUCGUGACUAAUACUCAUAUAGGUACCUAGCGACGCCAUCGAGUGCUUAAGUUAUAUUGCUCAAGGUAUUUCAUUUUGAAGCCCCAUUCCGAUAUUUUUAAUUUUUUUCUGUUGAAAAUAUUUCCAUUGAUUUGUGAGGUCAGUUACGAGUCGUCUGUCUGCUUGUUAAAAGCAAAUAAAUAAACAAUACUUUAGGGUAUAGUAAUUAAUUAGCGGAAUCGCAACGUUUUCCGCCAAAAACUCCCAGCGGAGUCUGAUUAUUCCGAGACAACAGUAAGUAAAUAAACCUCAGAAACAAAUUUCGCAUAUUUUAUAAGAUGUUGCGUGAUCACACAAUGAUACGAUCAUACAUUUAUUUCAAUCGUGGGUCGGAUAUUCGUGAUCUGCUUCAUUAUCCGGCAAACACUCCGUGGGAAAACGUACAAAAACGCACACUUGAUAAUCUAGGCGGCUUCUGCCAGACAAAAAUAUUGUUCAACAGUGCGCGACAUAAUUUCUAUUUUUGAUGACAAACAAAAGAAACACAUCCACCAAAACAAAGAACUUUCAUUUUCCCGCGCUCAGCCACCUGUUGCUCUGCCAAAAAGUGUCAGCCAAUCAAAUCCCCUCAUUUGUUUUCUAGCCAAUCAUAUUCUUGCACUGCCUUGGGAUCAAAUUUUCAAGGCAAGCACGUGGCUAAGGCGAUGCAGCUGACGCAGGCCGCAGCUGAUGUUUUGGUGGGUCGGAAACAAUGGUACUUGUUAUAAUAUGUUCUGUUAGCGAUAAAAAGGCGCGAACCACGCGUCAGCCACGCGGACAACAAUAGAGGUGGACAAAAAUGUUUUUUGUUUAAGGCAAAGCGCCUAAAAUGAAAGAUUAGGCUCUUGGAAACCAAAUUAAUGAGGCUAAUUUGAAUUUCAUGUCCUUUGAAAGAAGAUCAGCUUUUAUUUGCAUGUCAGUUCAAUUGACGAGGCUUUUAUUUCCGUAGACCUGCCGUCCCACAGAAUGGAAAAUUCAACUGUGUUGUACGAUUUUACAGAUGAACAGGGAGCAAGCGAGGCUUUCUGCGCGAUGAACAAUUUUCGAAUGGAGAACAAUUUUUGCGACGUGAUUAUUUGUACGGAGGACGGGGAAGAAUUCAACGUUCAUCGGCUCGUUUUGGCCUCUGUAAGUGCGUAUUUCCGAGCGAUGUUUUUGACGGAUAUGAAAGAGAGCCACGAAACAAACAUAACAAUCCGAGGAGUGGAAUCGCAAGCCAUGAGAUGUUUGAUAGACUUUGCCUACACUUCAUCUUUGAGAAUCACGUUCUCCAACGUUCACUCCUUGCUUUCGGCCGCCAGCUUACUUCAGUUUCUGACCGUGGAAAACGCUUGUUAUGAUUUUCUCAGGAAUAGCAUUAAUGUGAACAACAGCCUCGAAAUCUGGAACUUGGCCGAUUUACACGGGUGUACAGAACUGCUUGAGCUGGCUGAGAGCUUUAUCCGCGCCAACUUUGUGGCGAUUUUGAAACUCGCGGACUUCAAUUCUCUCACGCUCAAGCAGCUGGAGACACUUUUCUGUCACGACAAACUCAAUGUCCCGUGUGAAAGCAUCGUGCUUUUCGGAGCGCUAGAAUGGAUUAAGCAUGAUUUAACCAAUCGUCUCGCUGAUCUUGAACAACUACUGACCCAUGUCCGGUUUCCUCUAAUGACGCGCAAAUUUCUGAUGGACACAGCCGCUAGAGAAGAGCUUAUCAUGAGUAGUCCGACGUGUCGACAGUUUGUUCUCGAGGCGAUUGAUUAUCAUCUUAUCCCAGAGCGACGGACAAAGAACCGAAUUCCGCGCGCGAUCCCUCGGGACAGACUCAGUCGACUGUUGUAUGUGGUCGGCGGUGAAGAAAACCGCAAAGUUUUAAAUAACGUGGAGUACUUUGACUUCAACGAAAAGAAAUGGCGAGUUAUAGCACCCAUGAUUAUUCCACGAAAGUUAGCUGGUUCUGCGAUUCUUGACGGUCAGCUGUAUGCCGUGGGAGGGAUAAAUAGGGAGUACGCUGACCUGGUGACGGUGGAGAGCUAUAACCCCUGUGUAGGCCAGUGGACUUCAGUUACGUCACUCAAUAAAUGCAAAGGUGCUCUUGCAUUAUCGGUUCUAGAGGGAUGGCUAUAUGCUGCUGGGGGUUCCCACAAUGGGUCUGCGCUGAAGAGCGUUGAACGUUAUGAUCCCAUCAAGAACGAAUGGACCCAGGUGGCCAAUAUGCGCUUACCCAGAAGUCACUUUGGAAUGGCAUCUCUCCAAGGACGCCUUUUUGCUGUUGGGGGGUACUGUGGAAUCUCGGAAAUUGAGCAUGUUGAGUGUUACGAUCCAAUGACCAACAAGUGGUCGGACAUGAGCAGUAUGAACAAGUCCCGAAUGAACCACGCGGUAGUCACGUUCAGUGAUCGUAUCUACGUUAUUGGAGGCAGUAACAGCGUUGGAAUUCUAGACUCCAUAGAGAAGUACAACCCAGAUUUGAAUCUCUGGCUGAUUAUCCGCAACACGAUGGAUCCGCGCAGUGGGGCGGGCGCAGCAGUGGUUUUAGGUGGGGAGGAUGGAGCACAGGAGCUUUUCAUCAUCGGUGGACAUGAUAACCACAACAGAGACACGAACUCAGUUAAAAAGUUGAAUCUGAAGUUUGCUGACUAUUCUACAGCAAGUGCGCCAUCCAUGAACCAUCCUCGAGUCUAUGCCGCCGUAGCGUGUGCGUGAUUUAGUACCUUAUUUCCAGGGUCUCUCACCUUCCAACCACUUGCCGCCGCUUGAGAUCUGGGGCAUUUCCAUCGCUAGAACCACCUGUCCGUCUUAGCUGGCGGGGCCUUGGCACGAGGAAAAGCUGUCGACUCUCUAGACAUACGAUUUGAUUGGCUAGAUUCUUGGAAGAAAAUUUUCUUUUAUUCAACGCUGGUUUAUUUCUCAAUCUUGUCCACUGGUUAUUUCUGACCGAAACUGUUCGAUUACAGCAGCUGCAGACCUUAACAUAAUUCAACAAACGGAGUUCUAAGCAGAAAAUUCUAGCCAGAAGUUGCAUUCACAUGUUUCGUUAUGGAGCCCUUCACUGAAAGCGUUAAAUUAGUUAAAAUUUUAAUCCAAGAAUCAGGAGUCUCCAGAGCCACGUUUUCCCCGUAGGCUAAGAGGGACAGUUGGUUCUGGAGCGAGGAAUUGGACAGACCCUGGUAGCGGGCUCAAAUCUCAUUUAGUUGACAAAGAAAGAACAUAACCCAAUCACUAUUUCUUGUAAGUAUGGAAUAAAUGUACUAAAUCUUAAUUAUGCGGUCAUACAUUACGAUGGUAAUUUGAAAACAUGAGCCUUCAUGGAGUGCUCUAUGACACUUUGGACUCUUAGCUUUAUAUGCUUUAUAAUAGAGUCAAAGCGCACGAACGUUUCUCUUAGCCUGCUAACUGGUUCACGUUUGGGGAGCACACGUACGAGCGGCCCCUUUUCACCAGACUCUUCCUGUCGGACCGCUUCGCUCGCGGGCUCCUGCGUGUGACUCACAGACGAGAAGGCCACGUUUUGCACAGUCUCAAACUCAAAUGAGCAUCUUUUAUAAACCAAAGGGGGCGCAGAAUGUAGUCGAUGAAGACUGAUUUCAGGUUAAAGUUCUCAAUCAGGCAUCACUCAGUCUUUGCUCAUAACAAAAAUAGUUCACAAAGUAUUGUAUUUAUUAUUUUGUCAAUUAAAGUUACCGAUCAUUAGGGAAAAAUGACAAGAGUUUUCCGAAGGCCCUAUACCUCACUGUGAGGCUCUGUUAAUAGGGGUAGCCAGACACUAACAAGAUCACUGAUAUUGACCUUGGCAAUAAGAGUGGCCAGUAGCUAUUUUCUCCUCAGUUACGGAGAAGAUAGGCAAUAAUAAUACCAACUUAGAUAUUGUGCUGAUGAAGCAUCAACAUCAAUUCACAGAACUACAAUCAUUACGGGCCACACAUAGAAGUGACAGAUUAUGCUUUGAGCUAAGGAUUGAUAUUUUGAAAAAUAAUACAUUGAGUUGCAACUGGAAGAAAGAAGAGUUAUUUAUCAAUUAUAAAUAAAAAAUAAAAUUCGCUAUUAAA